CGUGCUUGUUGCACAAUGUCUAAGCCUGAAGUGAAAAAGGUUCCCUUCCUGCAGAAGCUGGUGGUAGGUGGAAUUGCAGGUAUUGUCGGUACUUCUAUCGUGUAUCCCCUGGAUAUGGUCAAGACUCGUCUCCAGAGACAGACCACGGGAGUCCUGAAGUACAAGGGUCCUUGGGAUUGCUUCAAGACGAUCUGUAAAGAGGAGGGACCGAAGGGUCUCUACAGAGGAAUCCUCGCUAACUUGAUCGGAGUCACUCCCGAGAAGGCUAUCAAGUUGGCAGUGAACGAUUUUGUGCGCGAAGCCACUGAAGACGAAAAUGGCAACGUUGCGUGGUACAACGGUAUUCUUGCUGGAGCCAGUGCGGGUUUCUGCCAGGUAAUCGCCACCAACCCCAUGGAGAUUACCAAGAUCCGCAUGCAAGUCCAAGCGACGCUCCCUCCUGAGCAGCGUACCGGCCUCCUCGCAGUGUGCCGUGACCUGGGUCUGCGUGGCAUGUACAAGGGCUCCACGAUUACGCUUCUUCGUGAUGUCCCCUACUCCAUGAUCUUCUUCCCUCUCAACGCGUCCAUCCAAAUCGCGCUGAGUGACAAAAACGGCAACAUGACGCUUGGCGGUUUGCUGACUGCGGGUAUGGUUGCUGGAUGCUUCGCCGCGGGCCUGAUGACGCCGAUGGACGUGAUCAAGACGCGCGUGCAGGCCGAGAAGGGCAACAAGGUGGAGGUGAAGUUCUUCGAUAUGUUCGUGAAGAUCUUCAAGACCGAGGGAUUGAAGGGACUCUACAAGGGAGCUGUGCCGCGUAUGUGUGUGCAGGCUCCGCUGUUCUCGAUCGCCUGCACCGCGUUCGAGCUGCAGAAGCGAUAUCUGACCUAUGGAACUUUCUUCUUGAAGGAUUAAGCGUUUCAGAAUUUCU